AUGGACCAGUAUCCACAUAUAAAAGACCAUUACCUCGUGAUGGAUAAUGCUCCAAUCCAUACAUUAGUUGAUAUAGCUAAAUAUGUAGAAUCUUGCGGUUGCCACUAUGUCUAUUUGCCAUUCUAUUCUUCUGAACUUAGUCUAAUUAAACAGUUUUGGUCAGUGAUUAAGAGUAAAGUCAAACGAAACAAGCUACUGGAAACUGAGACACUUAUGACAAGAAUCAGUGAGGCAUCUAAUAGUUUGACGCUGAGCAAUUUGAAAGGUCCCAACAAAUGUGGUAUUCGUGUUAUCCAUGCUAUCCAUGCUAUCCGUGCUAUGUUUCUAUAUGAAACAGAAAUGUAUGACAAGGUUUGGAUUAUGGUCCUGUUCCUGAAAUCAUUUCCUGAACUGAAACCAUCUGUUGAGGCAUAUGAGUGUGUUUUACCAUUUUAUAAUUCCACUUUUGUGUACAAUCCAAAACUCGCUUCCUCCAAUCCUCAUCAAAAUUCAAUCACCAUCAAUAAACCCUUUAUGCAACGUCUUGUCAGCUAUUCACAAAGCACUUUGAGCAUCUACAAAACAUAUUCUAUCGUUUUAAUUGUUUGCACCAAUCGCGUCUCUCCUAUCCAACUUAUGGCAAAGUUCAAACCUAUUUCUGAAAAACUUUGGAUGUCUUUGCUCCUGCCCACUGAUUUCUGGGCACAAAGCUGCUUCAUUGUGUCGAAACUGACUUUAUCGAGUAUUGCAUCUUCUGAUCAACUUACACCCCUGCAGGCUUUGUCCUCAUUCCUGACCGAAGCCUCUCCAACGUUAUAUGAAAAUCAAGUUGAGUGCGAUAAGGAUGUCUCAAAUGUGGUGGACAUCAUUUGCUACAACAACAAGAAAAUACUAAUGAAGGCUGAUGCUGCGUUAUUUGGUGUAUCUGGGUCAUUCAAGGCAAAAAAUCUGAUCGAGUGUGCAUUGGUUUUCAAUGCGGCUACCAAAAGAAAGUAUUGCCAAACUGUGGGCUCAGAUUCAGACUCGUUGCUGGAACUGCUGCCAAAGUUGAAGGGAAAGCCAAGGGAAGUAAUUCAAGAUAAAAAACAAGAUGACCUUGAAUUCAUGAUCAACUACCAGAAAAAUCUGAUUGGAAAGAUGAAUUAG